AUGAGGCCAGCUUUGCUGGCGUGCGCUAUCGCGGCCUUCUUCUCUACCUCGAUCGCCGCGCCGCCUGGCCCACAGAGAGGGGCUGCAGUAAUCGCGGAUGAGGCCGUCCAGGGAGAGUCUCCAGCGGAAGGAGGAGAGGGCUCGGAUUAUACUAUAUUCAAUGGCAUCAAGGUGCCGCCGAUGAAAGAAAUACAAGGCGACGACUUCGCCGAGACGAUAAAAGAUGGUUAUUGGUGGGUCAAACAUUACUCGCCAUACUGUGGUCACUGUAAAGCAAUUGCGCCACUCUGGCAGACUCUGUACGAAUUCUAUGCGACCUCAGAUCCCUUACAGGGCAUGACAAAGUCUGGUCAGCCCGACUUGUUCUCGCCGAACAGCUUUCAUGGAUACUACAACUUUCACUUUGCCUCAGUGAAUUGCAUUGCCUUUGGAGAUAUAUGCGAUAAGAAUGGGGUCAGAGCCUGGCCCACAUUCCUAUUGUACAAAGAUGGCGAAUUUGUCGAGAAAUACACCGGAGGCAAGUCAAUGCAGGAUUUGAGCAACUAUGUCGAAGAAAAGCUGGAACAGAUAAAGCCCGGCUCGAGACCGAGGGAAGGGGUUCACGUUCCUCAACCUGGCGCAAAGGGUGUCGACAGAACAGCUGAGCCCGACAAGCCACUGGCCAAGGACAAAGAUGUCGCCGCUGGUGCCGCCGCCGGAGAGAAGCAGAACAAGGCAGCGGCACAGUCGACCGAGACUACAUCAGCAAUGUUGGCCUCAGAGACCGCAAAACUCGGAAAGUCUCAGAAUGCGAAGUCUGGCCCCCAGCCGAACUCAAAGGGGGCUUCCAUCGCUCUGACUCCAGAGUCCUUCCAAAAACUUGUCACUACUUCUCAAGACCCAUGGUUCGUCAAGUUCUACGUGCCAUGGUGUUCGCACUGUCAGCAUCUGGCUCCAACAUGGGCGCAGUUGGCAAAAGAAAUGGAAGGGAAGCUCAACAUUGGAGAGGUCAACUGUGAAGCAUCUCCGCGGUUAUGCAAGGACGCCAAGGUCAGCGCUUAUCCUACCAUCUACUUUUUCCGUGGCGGCGAGCGUGUUGAGUAUGAAGGUCUUCGGGGUCUAGGUGACCUUCUAUCGUUUGCAAACAAAGCGCUAGAUAGCGAUGUCAAGUAUGUGGACGCCGCUGCCUUCAAGGAGAUGGAAGAAACGGAAGAAGUAAUCUUCGUCUAUUUCUUCGACCAUGCCACAACAUCAGAAGAUUUUGCCGCUCUAGAUCGACUGACUCUGAGCCUGAUUGGACAUGCAAAGAUUGUCAAGACGGACUCCGAGAUCCUGGCAAAUCGAUUCAAGAUCUCAACUUGGCCAAGAUUACUGGUGUCCCGCGACGGACGACCAAGCUACUACAACGCCCUCGCUCCAAAGGACAUGCGUGACUUCCGACAGGUUCUGACUUGGAUGCAAUCGGUUUGGUUACCAAUUGUCCCUGAGUUGAGCGCCUCUAAUGCGAAGGAGAUCAUGAGCGGAAAAUAUGUGGUACUGGGCAUUCUUUCUCGAGACCGACCAGACGAGUUUCUUCAGUCCAAGAGGGAAUUGAAGAAUGCCGCACUGGAGUGGAUGGAUAAGCAAACACAAGCUUUUCAACUUGAGAGACAAGAAUUGCGCGAUUCGAAGCAGUUGCGUAUCGAAGAGGCCGAAGAUCGCAAUGACCAACGGGCCUUGCGUCAAGCGAAGAGCCGAGUUAUCAGCAUCACCGAGGAGACAUUCCGGAAACAGGUCGCGUUUGCCUGGGUGGAUGGUGUUUUCUGGGAGAGAUGGCUAAGAUCAACGUACGGCGUGGACGUCUCCAAGGGCGAGAGGGUGAUCAUUAAUGACGAGGAUAACCGACGCUACUGGGAUGUAACUGAUUCUGGGGCCUAUAUCAUGCCCUCCCGCACCUCCAUCCUCGAAACGCUACCCCGAAUCGUUGCCAACCCGCCAAAGCUCACUCCUAAAUCCACCAUCGGCGCAUUUGAGAAUGUCUUCUUUCAAAUUCGAAAUUUUGGCACCUACCACCCGUAUCUGUCAUUUGGAUUGUUGAUAAUCAGUGUGGUCAUGCUGUUCUGGGUGUUGAGGAAUGGCAGCACCAUCAAGAGGACAUUAAGUCGGAAUAGCUCCGGCUAUUUCCACUUGGAUGGGAAGGAGGGACUUUUAGGGACAACGAAUGGUAAAGCCGAUUGA